AUGUCGAUUUCGCGCGGGGCGAUGCCUUCAUAUCAGCCAUUCCAGUGUCUGGUCUGCCAAAGUCGUUUUACUCGACACGAGAAUCUCAAACGACAUUCAGCCCUACAUUCCCGUUCUCAAGCCGAGGCGUCGCUGCCCUGUGACUUUUGCCAUGCCACAUUCUCACGCCCAGACUUGCGAAACAGACACAUGAAGAGGAAACACCCGGAAAAGGAGCAACACCGGGUCUCGAAGAGAGUACAGCGUGCAGCGCCGACUCAUGUUCGAGGUCACUCUUCAUCGCCGACAGCUGUGUCGCCAGCUGGAAGUCAGGAAGCCACACCUUCUCCAAACGGAGCGCAUUCAAGUCCAGAGAAUGGGAUUGGAUCUGAUGCUGCGGCGUGGAACUCGGCGAUGCAGUAUCAACAGCGCCAUUUUGAUCGGCCUCACCUCGGAGAAACAUCCGAUCUUGCGACAACGACACCCUCGGCCUCGAGAGUUACGAAGACUCGGCUCCCGACAGACUCAUUACACCAAAAUACUUUGAAUGAGACGAGCCUAAUCGAUCAAAUUGUACAAGAUGCAACGGACCUAGAGCGCAAUUUGCUCAUGGGAACCUCAUUCUUGAAGCCCGCUAAUCACCCCGAACCUCAAUUACCCUUGAUUACUACGCCGGACGAUACACUCGAUGCAAACCUGAGCGAAUUCAACUUCAAUCAACCUAUUCUCGAUCGUCUUUCACCAAACGAUAUACCCCAACUCCAGGUCGAUUGGGCGCCGACUGCCCUUCAAAUCUCACGAGGUUGCGAUCUCUUCUUCGCCCGAGUGUCACACUUUUUGCCAUUUCUCCACUCUCCUACCUUUGAUCCAACACAAGCUCCUUCUCAUUUAGUUCUGAGCCUCUUAUCCCUGGCAUAUCAGCAUGGCGAGGAUCCAGAAUGCGGUGAACAAGAGGGCUCCGGAGAGAGAUUCUCCAUACGUUGCUUUCACCAAGCCCGAGCUCUCCUCGCCUCGGAUGAGGGGAGACCAGACGCUGCGACGAUGAUACCAACCCUGGUUCAAUCGUAUUUACUCCUUCAGAUAUGCGCCAUGAUGUAUCUCUGUGGUGAGAACUCAGCCUCGGGAUUGAAGAUGCAUUCUCAUAUGAUCUCUCUCGCGCGCACAGGUCGCAUGACACAGCCGCUGCCGGUCGAGUCUGGCGCCACAGCUGACUUGGAGUCUUUGUGGCGAGAGUUCGUCAAGGCCGAGUCAUACAAGCGAACCCUUUUCGCGGUACAUCAAAUUGAUGCAUUGUGGUAUCAAUUCUUGUCAAUCCCCCGGUCUAUCUCACACCUCGAAAUCAAACACAAUCUUCCCUGCCCCCAAGAUCAAUGGGAAUGCUCCUCAUCUGCGGAAUGGGCUCAUCGUCAACUCAUUGCCAGGAACUCCGGAUCUUCUGUCAAAUAUACAGAUGCCGUUCGAUGCUUCCUCUCCUCAGAUGCCGACAUCACAAUUUCGCCCUUCGAUCCAUACGGUGCUAUAAACAUAGCCCAAUUCCUAAUUUCCAGCGCCCGCGAAAUCUCAGGCUGGUCCACUAUGACCGGAAUCCUGAGCAUGGAGAGGUUCGGAGCACUGAGAUCAUCCCUCGUCGCCCUCAGUCCCUAUAUCUGCCCAGAAACACAGAGCUCGCGAACGAACCACGCAGCAUCAUGCGCGGCAACAUGGCAAACUGCCAUGCUUGAGCUCCAAAUGUGGUCACCCUCCCAUACUGGCGGUAUCGUCGAAGGCAGCAUUGAUGCUGUUCUAAGCCAGUCAACAUAUCUAGGCACGUCAGAGUACCUGUGCGAGCCCAGCACUACCAAGGCUAUACUACCGCACGUGAAUUGGUUCCUGCGGUACCUUGAGGAGACACUGAUACCUGACUCUGAAGCGCCGUGGGUUACUUUGUAUGCAUAUAAGGCGUUUUUGAUCGCUUGGCAGCUCAUCGGUGGUGGUGCUCCUGGGGCGAUGGAGGCUGUUGGUGUUCGGGAUGGAGAUUUGGAGGGAGCUAUGCUAUGGGCGAGAAAGGUCUUUCACAGAAGGCAGAAGAAGCAGCUUGGGAAAUUGAUCCUCUCUUGCUUGGACGAGCUGUGUAAGUAA